AUGGAGAAUCUUGAGCAAUUAAACUCUUGCAAUAAUUCAGAAGAACAAGACAUUAAUCCACCAGGCUUUAGAUUCAAUCCUUACGACUCAGAAUUGCUUGAGGAGUACCUUUUAAAACUAGUGUAUCAUGAGAAUUCACCUGAAGGUCUUGGAAUUCCUGCUGUCGAUCUCUACUGCGCCGCUCCACAAGAGCUAACUGCCAAGUACGAAGAACAUUGCGAGAAUCAAUGGUAUUUUUUUACGAAGAGAAACAGGAAGUAUAGCGGAGGAAAUCGACCAAAUCGCGGGGCUGGUAAUGGAUUUUGGAAGCAGACUAAUGUGAAUAGACCGGUGUUUAAAGUGCUAAAAGAUAAAACCAAAGUUGAGCUGGGGAGAAAGGUUACUCUUGAUUAUCAUGACAAGAGUUUGAAGACCGCUGGCCAGCGCACCGAUUGGAAGAUGCAUGAGUAUAGAGUUAACCAUAAACUUCCAGGGCUUCCAAGUAAUUACAAUACUGCUGGAUCUUCUUCUGAGUUGGAUGAAUGGUGCCUGUGCCGAAUAUACAUAAGUUCAAGAAGUGGGAAUAAAGCAGACGAUGCUGGAGCUAAUUCCGAAGAAGAAAAUGAACAAGAAGAGGUUCCAACUGAAGCAGAUGCAACUUUAAUCCCGCAAAAUACAGCACCGGCAUCCAAUGACCAACAUUUCGUUGCACCGCAAGAAUAUUAUGGGCAGAAUGCUGGUGGAUUGGAUGCAAACUCUUUUCCACUGAGCACAAAUCCGCUAAUCAACGAUGCUUUCUCCAACUCAAGUAACUCAUUUUAUUAUGCAAAUACAAUUGAUGGUCAGAUGAAUUGGAUGGACUAUAACAAUAAUUUUGGGUUGAUUGAUCAUGUGGAGAUAUAUCCUACAGCUGAUCAGUUACAUGAUAAUGGUUUUGCUCAGCCCAUUAGAAGUUUACCUGCUACUGGAUUACCCAUGUUGCCUUACUCCAAUUUCAACCAAAGCUCUUCGAGCAUUUCUGGAGAUUUUACAAGUGGUCAGGGGGACGGAUCGUUGGCCUCAGUGGUUUAUGGAAAUCGACAGAACAGUUUCAAUAGAGGUUCGACGAAGGUGGUUUUUGAUCACUUUGGAAAUUAA